AUGAGCAGUCCACCCAUAGAAACAGGGAAGAACUGGUGUAUUGGCACACAUCUUGGUAGUGUGGUAGAUGUGAUCAUGGGAGAAGAAUUGUGCAGCAUGUUUCCCAGGAGUUUGCUUUUCAUGAUCACACUCGUUUCUCAGAUUAAAGAAAAGGCAAUCCUUGGAGUAGAAGGUCAAGAAGUGGUCUAUCCUAAAAGGCUUCCCCUGAGGCAAAAGCGAGAUGUUUGGCACAUGCAUGAUUAUGACAUACAGGAAACAGAUGAAGAAUUGUUGUAUGAACUAAAGCUAACUAGAAAAACCUUAAUACUUCACCUUUUAAGAUCAAGGGAGUUCCUAGCCUCAAAUUACAGUGAAACCUACUACUCCGCAAGAGGGGAGGUGAUCACCAGCUACCCUCCCACCAUGGAUCACUGCUUUUACCAAGGAUCCAUCAUACAUGAAUUUGAUUCUGCUGCCAGUAUCAGCACGUGUAAUGGUCUGAGGGGAUUCUUCAGGGUGUAUGACCAAAGAUACCUCAUUGAACCAGUGAAAUAUUCAGAUGAGGGACAACAUUUGGUGUUCAGGUAUAAUCCAAGAAUGCAGUAUGCUGCCAAUUAUUCUUGUACAGAAUUCAAUUUUACCAGGACAAAUGAUUCAAAGGAUAUUAAAAUCAUGGAAGACCUCAAAAGAAAAAAUGUCCAUAAAGAAAAGUAUGUUGAACUGUUCAUUGUUGCUGAUUAUAAUGUGUAUCACAGGAAUAAUCAUCCUCAUAGUAAACUGAGGAACAGAAUUUGGGGAAUGGCCAAUUUUGUCAACAUGAUUUAUAAAACCUUGGACAUUCAUGUGACAUUGGUUGGCCUUGAAAUGUGGACAAAUGGAGAUAAAAUAGACAUAGAUUCAAAAAUAGAAAAUACCUUAUUACAUUUUUCAACUUGGCAAGAAAUAAUCCUGAAAAAGAGGAAAAAAUUUGAUCAUGUUAUAUUACUCAGUGGGAAAUGGCUCUACAUACAUGCACAAGGAACUUCUUAUUCAGAGGGUAUAUGCCUGCCCUAUUAUUCCUCCAGUGUUGUUAAGGAUCUUUUGCCUGACCUAAAUGUAGUUGCAAGCAGAAUUGCACAUCAGCUAGGUCAUAACCUUGGGAUGAAGCAUGAUGAUUACCCAUGUACCUGUAAUUUUGAGAGAUGUGUGAUGGAUCGUGGUGGAAGCAUUCCUGCACUAAAAUUCAGUAAAUGCAACAGGAUUCAGUACCUUCGACACCUGAAGGAUUAUAAUCCAACAUGCAUGUUCAACAUUCCGUUUUCUGAUAAAUCAGAUAAUCACCCACACUGUGGAAACAAGAAGUUGGAUGAAGGAGAAGAGUGCGAUUGUGGCCCUGUUCAGGAGUGCACCAAUCCUUGCUGUGAUGCAAACAAAUGCAUGUUGAAGUCAGGAUUUAGUUGUGCAGAAGGAGAAUGCUGUGAAGCUUGUCAGAUGAAAAAAUCAGGGUCCAUAUGCAGACCGGCAAAAGAUGAAUGUGAUUUUCCUGAAGUAUGUACUGGCUACUCUUCUGCAUGUCCUAACGACAAAUUCCAAGUAAAUGGAUUUCCUUGCAAGAAUGCAAAAGGCUAUUGCUUCAUGGGGAAAUGUCCCACCCGGGAUGAUCAGUGCUCUCAAUUUUUUGAUAAUGAGGUGAAAGACAGUUCUGAUCUCUGCUAUGAGAUGAAUAAAAAAGGAAAUAGAUUUGGAUACUGCAAAAACAAGGAAAACAGAUUAAUUCCCUGUGAAGAGAAAAAUAUCAAGUGUGGAAAGAUACACUGCAGCAGAGGGCAGCAUUUAUCUCUGCCUGGUAAAGAAAAGAUUGACCACCUUAAGAAGGCUUCAAAGCUGAAUGUCACCACUGAGUGCAAAACUUUUAUUUUAUACAAAAAUUCUAAAGAUUUGGGCCUGGUUGCUCCUGGAACAAAAUGUGGAGAUGGAUUGGUGUGCAGCAAUGGUGAAUGUGUGGAACUUGAAAAGGUCUACAACUCAACCAAUUGCUCUUCUCAAUGUGACGAAAAAGCUGUGGAUGACCAUGAACUUGAGUGCCAAUGUGAGGAAGAACAGAAACAUGUGGAUUGGGGAAAAAACUUAAAUAUUACCUAUAUAUCCAUCCUGGUGGUUGUGCUUGUCCUGGUUAUUAUUGGUGUUGGGGUAGUUGUAUUAUUAAUUCAUCACCAAAAAUGUAUUAAGUUGAAGCGAAUUCUGAGCCCACUUAGAGAUACAUUGGGAAUGGAGAAUAAAGGAUACUUUGGUGAUGAGCAGCAGACAAGAACUGAGCCAAUUUUCCCUGAUAUUCAUCCCCUUCAUAAACCUGCAAAUAAAGAUCCAAGAGGAAUCGCUGAUCCAAAUCAAAGUGCCAAAAUGUUUUUUGAAGGCCAGCAAAUUAGCCGCUGUGGCCAUGGAAUCGGACAGUGUUCCCCCUUUCCCCAGGGAUACGUAAUGGUAAUGGAUAGUAAAUGUCGGGAAAAGCCGCAGCCCGUGAGUCACGUAUGA